AGUGUGUAUUGAUUUCGGCAUUUGACCGGCUUUGACCUAGUUGUCGUUUUGCUUUAUGCUUUUGAAAAAAUUGUUUUUUAGUUGAGUAGUUCGCCAUUUUUGCUCCAUUUCCAAUGGAAAAUUAGUUUUGCACAUAAUUAUUAUACAUGGUUCUAAAACUGAACAACAUGCAAUUUCGUGGUGUGAUUUAUAAUUGGAUACAGCGAUUUUUCACCGAUAAUGAAACUGACGACACUCGCACGUUUAACGUUAGCUUCCACCCAUCAGAUAAUGGCGUUUAUAUACACGAGCGAAUUGAAGAAUGUGAACGAAAAACCGCCAAUAUUUUUGAUAAAUUUCGACUGUUGAUGUGGAAGAAUUUUUUGCUCCAAUAUCGACAUAAAGUACAAACAAUUAUCCAAAUUCUGAUUCCGAUUUUGUUUACGGCCAAUUUAAUUUUGAUACGAAUUAUGGUUAAGCCUGAAAUCAACACAGAAAACACUAAAUUCGAUUCGUUCAAUAUCAGCGAGCUCCCAUCACUUGAGACAAACACGUGCCGUGAUAUUCACUUAAGAGAAUGGGGCUUAGUUUAUUCACCGAAGAAUAAGGUGUUUGAGGAUUUACUUCAAUUAGCGAGCAUACGUUUCAAUUUUACCGUUAUAUAUGGUGUAAAUAGUUCAGAGGAAGUUGAGAGAUUGAUGAUAGAACGAGAGUUUUUAGCCGGCGUUUUAUUCGAUCAUUCAGCGAAUAUUACGGAGCUUCCACAGAAUUUAGUAUAUGCUUUGCGCUUUCCAAGUGAAUUGCGCACUGAAACCAAUGAUAAAUUAACAGCUUUUAGUUGGCAGACGAAUUUAUUGUACCCACUAUUGUCUGGCGGUGGACCACGUGUGAAGACAUCAAAUGAAGGAGGUGAUCCUUUCUACUAUUCGGAUGGAUUCUUGGCCAUUCAAAAUGCAAUUGCAUGGUCUUACACAAUAAAUCGAUGUAUUGAACUAAAGACAUGUGUCGGCAAUAUCUCCAUACCAAGCAUUGAAAUGCAAAGAUUCCCGUAUCCACCUUAUUUAAAUGACAUUCUUCUGAACGGUUUGACAGAUGCCGUUGGCUUGUUCAUCAUGUUAAGUUUUGUGUAUCCUAUAAUUGGCACCGUAAGAUUCAUCGCCGUCGAGAGGGAGAAGCAGCUGAAAGAGGUGAUGAAAAUCAUGGGAAUGCCCGUUUGGUUGCAUUGGACCAGUUGGUUUGUGCGCACCAUGAUUUUUAUGAUCGUUUCAAUCACAUUGAUGAUCGGUUUACUGAAGAUACCAAUGUAUGACUCAUCUGUUGCUGUGUUCACAAACUCAAAUUGGUUUACAAUUUGGGUAUUUUUGCUUGUCUAUUCCAUCGCGAUGACAACUUAUUGCUUCAUGCUCAGCGUCCUCUUUUCAAAAGCAAAUACUGCUGCAGCUGUAUCGGGACUUAUGUGGUUUGUUUCACAUAUGCCGUACAUUUUUCUGACAAUAAAUCAGGUCAAAGUACCAUUUAUAGUGCAACUGCUUUCCUGUAUUUCGCCAAAUGUGGCUAUGGCUUACGGAUGCAAAUCAAUCAUCGAGUUCGAGCGCUCCGGUGAAGGAUUGCAAUGGACAAACUUCUGGAGCUAUCCAAUAAUUGAGAACAAUUUCACAAUUGGAACCACAAUUUCUUUCAUGCUAAUGACGUCGGCUGUGUUUCUCUUGAUAGCGCUCUACGUUGAAAAGGUAUUCCCUGGCGAAUAUGGCGUGCCUGAAGAUUGCAACUUUGCAUUCAAAAAGGAAUUUUGGUUUGGCAAGGAAAGCGGCUCGAAAUCGGAAGAGUGUUCUGACAAUCACCAGGAACAAAUAAUACACGAAAAUUUCGAACCUGAGCCCACUGAUUGUGUAGCUGGUGUGAGAGUGAAAAAUCUCAGAAAGAUUUUCGACAACGGCAAAGUGGCCUGCAAAGGUGUGACAUUCAAUAUGUUCUGUGAUCAAAUAACUGUGCUGCUCGGUCAUAAUGGCGCUGGCAAGAGCACGACCUUGAAAAUUUUAACUGGAAUGAUUCCACCGACAUCAGGCACGGCGAUCAUAGAUGAAUAUGACAUUCGAACUGAUCUCAACAAUGCAAGGAAGUCGAUCGGUAUCUGUCCACAACACGAUAUUCUAUUUGACGAACUAACUGUUCGCGAACACAUCGAAUUCUAUUGUCGACUGAAAGGAUUAAAAUGGAGCGCCGUUGACAAGGAGCUCAGGAAAUAUGUACGAAUAUUGAAUUUAGAGUCAAAGAUUGACACUCCAUCUCAUGCUUUGUCGGGAGGAAUGCAAAGGAAGCUAUCAUUCAUCAUCGCUUUGUGUGCCGAUUCCAAGGUGGUUUUGUGUGAUGAGCCGACUAGUGGCGUCGAUCCGGCGGCGAGGAGAGAGCUGUGGGAUUUAUUGCAAGCGGAGAAGAAGGGUCGAACGAUCAUUUUGACGACGCAUUUCAUGGACGAAGCCGAUGUGCUCGCCGAUCGUAUUGCAAUAAUGGCCGAUGGUGAGGUGAAGUGUUGUGGAACUACAUUUUUCUUGAAGAAACGCUUUGGUGAUGGUUAUCGCUUGAUUUGCGCUAAGCAAGAAGACUGUGUUUCGAGCGAGGUUACGAGAGUUCUACGUGAAUUCAUUCCGAACGUUGAACUAUUGGAGGAGGAUACAGAAGAGAUAUCAUACGGUUUGCCAUACGAACAGUCAGACAAGUUUGCGAGAAUGUUUGAACGAUUGGAAAAUGAACUCGAUGCCUUGAAUCUGCAGCGUUUCGGAGUUUCUUCAACGGAAUUGGAAGAAGUGUUCCUUAAGGUUGGGAGUGAUAACAGAAGACCUAGUCAAAUUUCCAAUCACGUUUCAUUUGAUAUCGAAGCGUCGAAAAGUGAAUUACUUAAUGGCUUCUGGCUACAUAUGAAUCAAUGGUUUGCAAUGUUCAAAAAGCGGUUCUACUGCUGGACAAAUACGUGGCUACUAUUUUUGGUGCAAAUUUUUUUUAUAAUAUUCUUCACGGCAAUUAGUGUAAUUUUCGUUCGUGUUGCACAGGAUUUCAAUAAUCUUCCAGAACUGAAUAUAUCUUUGAAUCGUUACGAAAGAACAGAGACAAUGGUGCAAACACCACAAGGGAACCGAAUCGAUCCUUUAAUCAAUAGUACAUUUGCACAAUAUCGCCAGAGACUGCGGGAAAAUGCAAGCCAUAAUUUGGACGAAUUCGAUGAGGAUAUUCAGCAUCAUUUCUUGAAACUUGGAAAUGAAAUAAAAGUUCGAACAAACACCAGACAUUUGGUUGGCUUGUCUUAUCACAACCACUCAUUCAUUGCUUGGUUCAACAAUCAAUUGUUUCAUACGGCGCCACUCUCGCUCAACCUACUCCAUAAUGCACUCUUGCGGAGCAAUCUCGGCGAUGGUUACAGUAUUCAAGUGUCGAACAAUCCCAUUCCAUUCAGGCCGGAAUCUAAGAUUGUUCUAACAAUGAACGGAAACGACAUGGGCAGUCAGUUGGCCAAAUACAUUUCGUUCGCAAUGGCAUUCACCAUGGCGUUAUACAUUAUGUUUUACAUUCGAGAAAGAGCCUCAAAAGCGAAGUUACUUCAAUUCAUAAGUGGCGUCGAUGCAUCAACAUUCUGGGUGAUAUCAUUCCUAUUCGACUUCGCAACAUACAUUUUAACCUCGGCAGUAUUUUAUGUAACGGUGAUGUCAUUCCAAGAAGAAUAUUGGUCGACAGCCAGCGAGCUCGGGCCUCUGAUUGCAGUUCUCACCACUUUUGGCCUUUCAUCUUUUGCCAUCACAUUUGUCGCAUCGUUUCUAUUCUCAAAUGCUUCGUAUGGGUUCGUUGCGUUGGCCAUCACAUUCGUAUUCACUGGAACCAGCUUCUUCAAAUUGAUAACCAUUAUGUUGCUCCCGAUAUUGGACUUAACUAAAAUGGCAGAUGGACUCAAGUGGAUAUUCCUAGCUUUUCCACAUUACGCGUUGGGAUACAGCUUAUUCAACAUGAAUCAGUUCAGAAUUAAGGCCGACGUGUGGCACUUGGAGUGUGAACGAUUGAAAAAUUUAUUGUCUAGUAACAAUACUCAUCUAUUGGCAUCAACAAAUGGGACAUUAAACAUAAGUGAUGUCAGCCAAAAUGCUACCUGUGAUCCAACUGAAUAUGAUAAAAACAUAUACGAAUGGGAUGAGCCUGGCAUUGGUCGCAGUUUAACGUACAUGACCAUAACAGCAAUCGUAUUUUUCAUCAUUUUAUGGAUGAUUGAAUGUCGAAUCAUUUCGACCAUUAGACAUUACAUUCGCCGUCCCUCGAGUCAACCAUCGCCACUUUUACUCGUGAGCAAUGCAAUCGAUGGCGACGUCAUAAAUGAGAAGAACAAAGUCAACGCCAUGACUCGGGAGAAUUUACAAGCACACAAUUUGGUCUUGCAGAAUCUUACAAAGUUCUACGGAGAUUUUUUGGCGGUGAAAGGAAUCAGCGUUGCAGUUAAAAGGUCGGAAUGUUUUGGAUUGCUUGGUAUCAAUGGAGCGGGUAAGACAACAACGUUCAAGAUGAUAACGGGUGAUGCACCAAUUUCAAGUGGAGACGUGUUUGUGAAUGGGCUCAGCCUUAAAACUCAUUUAGCUGAAGUGCAUAAAAUGAUCGGAUACUGUCCGCAAUUCGAUGCGCUACUUGACAAUUUGACAGGAUCUCAAACAUUGGAAAUCUUUGGGUUAUUGCGUGGCUAUCGCCGUAAAGAUAUCUCAGCGAUGAGUGCUCGAUUGGCCAGUAAUUUGAAUUUCACCAAACACAUCGAUAAGGAGAUCAAAAGCUACUCCGGUGGUAACAAAAGGAAAUUGAG